GUGACCUCUGCGCCGUCUCUGAAAUGGACAAUAACAGUAGAAAUACACUUUCUUACACUUUUUAAAUGAUUCAACUAGGUAUUAUGGAACAAGGGGACACUUAGACCGAGGAAUUUUCCACGGGGUGCCGGGAAAGAGGAAAAGAUGCGGACGAAUCUGCCGGAGCUGAUCUUCCGGCUGUUAAAAACAAGGCGGCGGUCAGCUGACGGUUCCUGCACCGGGGCUGGUUGACAGCGCCGGGUGUGCCGACAGCAGGAGACUCGGAACGAGGGGAGUUCUAUAGAAAUCCUGCCAAAGAAGAUGAAGAAAAACAGAGAAAGAUUCUGCAACAGAGAGAGGGAAUUUGUGUAUGAAUUUAAAGUGGGAAGUCAGUGCUUAGAACUGAGGGUGCCUCUCAAAUUUCCUGUUCAAGAGAAUGCCAGUCAUUUACAUAGCCGUCUGAUGCUGCUGCACAAUUUACCAUGCUUUAUAGAAAAAGACUUAAAAGAAGCUCUGAGCCAGUUUAUCGAAGAAGAAUCCCUCAAAGAUUAUGACAGAGAUGCUGAAGCAGCCCUGGAAGCUGUGAAGUCAGGUGACGUAGAUUUACAUCAGCUGGCAAGUACCUGGGCCAAAGCUUAUGCGGAGACCACAUUAGAGCAUGCAAGGCCCGAGGAGCCCAGCUGGGAUGAAGAUUUCGCAGAUGUGUACCAUGACCUAAUCCAUUCUCCUGCCUCUGAAACUCUCCUAAACUUGGAACACAAUUACUUUGUUAGUAUCUCAGAACUGAUUGGCGAAAGAGAUGUGGAGCUGAAAAAAUUACGAGAGAGACAAGGCAUUGAAAUGGAAAAAGUGAUGCAGGAACUGGGAAAAUCACUGACAGAUCAAGAUGUAAAUUCACUGGCUGCUCAGCAUUUCGAAUCCCAGCAGGACUUGGAAAAUAAAUGGUCCAAUGAAUUAAAACAGUCGACUGCCAUACAAAAGCAAGAGUAUCAGGAAUGGGUGAUGAAACUUCAUCAAGACCUAAAAAACCCCAAAAACAGCUCUCUCAGUGAGGAAAUUAAAGUUCAACCGAGUCAGCUCAGAGAAUCCGCUGAAGCAAAUGGAAGGAUUUAUGAGGAACAGAGAAAGUUAGAAGAAAGUUUUACUAUUCACUUAGGAGCCCAGUUGAAGACCAUGCAUAACCUGAGGUUGCUGAGAGCAGAUAUGCUGGAUUUCUGUAAGCACAAGAGGAGCCACCGAAGCGGUGUGAAGCUCCACCGACUCCAGACAGCACUGUCGCUUUACUCCACGUCCCUCUGUGGCCUGGUGUUGCUAGUGGAUAACCGAAUCAAUUCAUAUAGUGGUAUUAAAAGAGAUUUCGCCACAGUUUGCCAAGAAUGCACUGACUUUCAUUUUCCCCGAAUUGAAGAGCAGCUGGAGGUUGUCCAGCAGGUGGUACUUUAUGCCAGAACCCAGCGCAGGAGCAAGCUGAAAGAAUCACACGAUUCUGGAAACCGAAAUGGAGGAAGUGAUGAUAAGACUAAGAAUGCAGAUAGAAACUAUUUAAAUAUUUUACCUGGAGAAUUUUACAUUACUCGGCAUUCUAAUCUCUCAGAAAUACAUGUUGCUUUCCAUCUUUGUGUGGACGACAACGUGAAAUCGGGAAACAUCACUGCUCGGGACCCUGCCAUUAUGGGUCUCCGAAACAUACUCAAGGUUUGCUGCACCCAUGACAUCACAACAAUAAGUAUUCCUCUCCUGCUGGUGCAUGAUAUGUCAGAGGUUUAGAAUUUACUCUGUGUGUGCCGUGCCCACUUAUCAUCUAAAGUAUAGCCGCCAGACCCAGUUUCCUGCCUCAUUUCUGAAGUCUGAAGUGUUUCACAUGAUCCGUUCAGCUUCUUCAAUGGAUUUCUUUCACAUGUGCUCUCACAGAUGUGACGCUAAGAUUUAGUCACUUGGCUGUUAGUUAGAACUCAUGAUCAAAAGCGUUCUGUGCUUACCUGACCCACUGUGUUGUAGACGCCACCUACUGUAUAAUAUAUACUAAGGGUUACUUCCAGAAGAGAGCAGGACUACAGGCCACAUCCCACGAUGACACCCAGUAAAUCAUGUCUUCUUGUGACCUUGUUGACUUCUAAAGCUUGCGGUUUAGAGUCCUCAAAGCCAUUCUUUUCAGGUGCUGGUUUCGAUCAGAGAACAAAUGACGGGGGUGCUUGGGAUGGAGCCUCUGUGUGGGCAAAUGGGGGUUUUAAAAACCACCUGGGUGUGUAUUUAUGCAGGUGCCUGCAGCUUUCUAGUUUCCUUUCUGAUCCACCUGCUGCUAAGUAGCGCUAAGCGAAAGUAAACAGAACGUGAGUGUUCAUAUCAUCUGAAAAUUAAAUUGUCUGUCACUUCGAAGAUAUCCUGGGAUCCUGCCUGGAGCUGGUAUUUUGGUGUGUUCUCUGUAUAGCACUGAUGAAACUUUGUGUUAAUUCACAUCAUUCUGAAGAGUUCGUAUUAAUUUGGCUCAUAGAUAUUUGCUCUAGACCGCGCUAUUAACCACACAUACCAAAAGCAAGAAAGCAAGAUAUUGAGGGAUAAAAGGGGAUGAUCUUUGGAGAAGUGGGGCAGUGAAGGGACUUGAUUUUUUCCAUCUACUUUUGGUCAAACCACUAGAACUAUCCCUGUUCUAACUUGUGCUUCAGUCUUUCAUCAUUUCCAUCAUGAUCCUGACUUUAAUACAGUGGGAUCAUAUGUAUUCUGUAUGUUGGUGCUGAAGCCUGGCCCUUUGGAAGCUCUGUGCUCAUACUGCACAAUGGUUGUCCUCAUGUAAGCAGUGCUUAGCCUUGGCCUUAGCCUGAGAUGUUUCAAAGGCUAAUCGUAGAUGACAAUAAAUUACAGAUA